AUGGCAAAGAAACAUGAACUCUUUCUUCUAGCCAUGCUUCUUCUCAUGAUGGUAAGCCCCCGAAGUUGUGGACGUGUUGCAGCCAAUAACUCUUCCUCCUCUGGGCUGGUCUCUGAUGGGGAUGGAGAGGUUCAGCAGCCAGCUUUUAUUGUUUUUGAGGAGUGGGCUUCGUCAUAUAGCUGUAACCAGACAUAUGGGUUCAUGCCAUGCACCGCCACUGUGCCUGGAAACAUACUCCUUAUCCUUGUAUACGUUUCCUUGAUGUUGUUUGCAGCCAAGCUUUUAUAUGAUGGAAGUGAGAUUCUGGUGGAACUUCUUAGUCCUGGAAUUGCUGGUGCUGUUUUUCUGCCUCUGCUCAGCUCGCUUCUUGAUGCUAUUAUCAACAUUGCAUCCAGACUAUGUGGAAACGGAGAAACUGCUCAAAAUCAGGUGUCCGCUGGGCUCGGUUUGCUAACUGGAUCAACUGCCAUCCUGCUAACAUUGCUAGGAGGAUGCUGCAUCAUAGUUGAUAAAUGUGACCCUGAAAACUCAAGGGAAAAAGCUUCAGAGGAAACUGCCAGAGGAUUCAGCUUAGCUGGUUCAGCUAUCAGUACUGAUAUCAGGGCUAGCUAUACUGCUAGGAUCAUGGUUAUAUCUGUUAUGCCAUUCAUAAUAGUCCAACUAGCACAAGUUCUCCACACAUCUUCACAAAUUUGCUUCGCGAUCUUUAUUUCACUCAUUAUCUCUGUUUCUUUAUUGCUUGCAUAUUGCCUUCAUCAGGUCUUUCACCCUUCGAUUCUGAGAAGAAAGCUUGCAUAUGCAAAGCAGAUGCAUAUGACAUCAAGAAUUGUAAAACAAUUGAAAUACAGUCCAUUGGAGAGGCUUUUGACAACUAAUGGUGAACCUGAUAUGGAAGUGAUCAGAAUGCUAUUUAAGAUGAUUGAUGGGAAUUCAGAUCAGUUGCUCUCGACUAGUGAGAUAAGAGCACUGAUAACAGGAAUCCAGAUUAAAGACAAAGAUUCAGAUAUUGAUGAUACUGUUGGAGAUAUUAUGAGAGAUGUCCAUGCUUGUGGGGAUGCUAAGAUUAAUAUAGAGGCAUUUACCAAAGGAAUCUCAAAAUGGCUUAAUAAGGCUAAGAAUUCUGCAGUUUGUUCCAGUUACAAUCAUAUGAAGACAAGACUAGUUGUAGACCACUUCAAUUUGGUGUCAAACAAAGAGCAUGAACAGCUGGGUAUUCAGAGUGAUGAGGUUGUGAAGAUUGAAAGCCCCAAAUGGAGUGCCUGUAAAGCAGUAGUGAUGUUGCUUUUGGGAUCUCUGAUAGCUGCUACAUUUGCUGGUCCUCUUGUCAAUGCUGUAGGCAAGUUCUCCACUGCUACUAACAUUCCUUCUUUCUUUGUCUCAUUUCUUGUUCUGCCUUUCGCUAGCUUCAGUGAGGCAGUGUCAGCCCAAAACUUUGCCAGCCAAAAGAAGUUGAGAAUUGCUUCUUUAACAUUUUCAAAGAUUUAUGGGGCAAUGAGCAUGAACAACUUCCUUUGCAUGUCAGUCUUCUUGGGCCUAGUUUAUUUUCGCCAGUUGACAUGGAACUUCACAUCUGAAGUACUGAUUGUCCUCAUUAUUUGGAGCUUUCUUCCAAAAGAAUAUGGAUGA